AUGCCUCAGAACGAGUACAUCGAGCGCUGGCAGAAACAGCAUGGCAAGCGUCUGGACCACGAUGAACGGGUGCGCAAGAGGGAAGCAAGAGAAGGCCACGCCCAAUCGGACAAGGCACAGAACCUGCGUGGCCUGCGGGCGAAACUGCACCAGAAGAAGCGACAUGCGGAGAAGAUCCAGAUGAAGAAGGCCAUCAGGGCCCAAGAAGAACGGGACGUCAAGUCGGCGGCGCCCAGCGAACCAUCUUCCACCCCCUUGCCCAGCUACCUGCUCGACCGGUCGCAGGCCAACAAUGCGAAGGCACUGUCGAGCGCGAUCAAGAACAAGCGGGCCGAGAAGGCGGCCAAAUUCUCCGUCCCGCUGCCCAAGGUGAAGGGGAUCAGCGAGGAGGAGAUGUUCAAGGUGGUCAAGACGGGAAAGAAGACGGCCAAGAAGAGUUGGAAGAGAAUGAUUACACAGCCGACUUUUGUCGGACCCGACUUCACGAGGCGGCCCGUCAAGUACGAGCGAUUCAUACGGCCCAUGGGUCUCCGGUACAAAAAGGCAAACGUCACACAUCCAGAGUUGGGCGUCACGGUACAAUUGCCCAUCAUCAGCGUCAAGAAGAAUCCACAAAAUCCACUCUACACGCAGCUGGGUGUAUUGACCAAGGGCACGGUCAUCGAGGUCAACGUAUCAGAGCUUGGUCUUGUCACGACUGGCGGAAAAGUGGUCUGGGGGAAGUACGCGCAGGUGACGAACGACCCGAGUCGAGAUGGAUGUUUAAACGCAGUCCUCUUGGUUUGA